AGAUGUCUUGCAACGUCUUCUCGAGGAAUCUGGCUUAAGUUUCCGGUGGUAGGGGCAGAGGUCGUUCGAUCUUGUCGUAUAAAAGCCUUUAGAGCUGCUGCUACGAGUAGAGUUAGUCCGUUCGGAAACGUGAUCUCGACAAGAUGAAGACAAGAUACGUCAUAGUGCUGGUUGCCGUGCUGGCCAUGGUCUAUGGCCAGUCGCAGGUGCAAGUUCCGCAGAGGACGUUGCAGGUACCCGACAGCCAAACCGCUGUCGCCGCGACGGACGAUUCGUUGACCCCGCAAUCGGAUGAAGUGACCAACGAGCAAUCGCGUUCCAAGAGAGCGCCUAUUCUGCUGGGAAAGGCUCUUUUAGGUGGUGCUGUCCUUGGUAAAGGUGCUCUCCUCGGCGCUGGAGCUUUAGGUAUCGGUGCUCUGGGAGCUGGUGCUCUGGGUGCCGGUUUUCUCGGCGCUGGAUUGUACAAGUCCGGAUUCUAUGGCGGAUACGGUUAUGGUAGAGGAUACGGAGGGUACGGAGGAUAUGGUGGAUAUCCCUACCAUUAUCACAAUCACUAUCAUCAUUAUCCUCAUUAUCACCACUAUGGUUACGGAUCGGGCUACGGCUAUUACUGAUAGAUUGACUGAUUCCAAUACAUUUCGUUGAUGAAUGGGACUGCCUGCUACAAUUCACUGGUACCUUUAAUUUAGACGAUUGUUAUUUAUUAACGAUAACAACUACGUCUUUCUUAUAUGGUACCCUUUCGUACCGCCGAUUUGGUUUAGUUAUAAUUUAUACGUACAACAGUUUGAUAUAUUCUGUAAAAAAAAAAAAA